AUGGCAGCGAAACAAAUGGAAGAGAUACAGAGAAAACUAGGAAUACUGAAUUAUCCAAGAGCCAAAGCUCCUGCUCAGUCUCUUCUUUUCGCCGGCAUGGAGCGUUACGCUCUUCUCGAAUGGCUCUUCUUCAAGUUAUUGGGUGAUAAAUCGCCAUUCUCGCAGCAAAAUCUACAAGGAGAUGCUAUGGAUCGUGACGAAGAGACUGCUCGUAUCCAAUAUCUUGCUGAGAUUGCAAAGUUUCUGGGCAUCACUUCAACUAUAGAUACAGAAGCCAUCCAAGGGCGAGGAAGCUAUGAAGACCGGACUGAAAUGCUUCGUCUAAUAGUAGAUCUUGUGGAGGCUAGCAUCUAUGCUGAUAAUCCAGAAUGGAGUGUAGAUGAACAAGUGGGGAAAGACAUACAACUCAUAGAUUCCAUUGCAGAGAAACAAGCUAUAAUUUUCUCAGAGGAGUGCAAGCUGUUCCCUGCCGAUGUGCAGAUUCAAUCCAUAUAUCCAUUACCAGAUGUAUCUGAGUUGGAGACAAAGCUUGUGGAACAGUCAAAAAUACUUCUGAAUCUUCAGCAGAAAGUUGAUGAUUUGGCUUCUAAGCAUGCAUACAAUCCAGAUGAGGAGUAUGCUGAUGUGGAAUCCCAACUCCGCAUACAUUUGGAAUCUUUUCUAGAAACUGCAAGAUCAUUCAAUGUGAUAUACACCAAGGAAAUACGCCCCUGGACACACAUGAUGGAAGUACCGCAGCUUCAUGGGUUUGGACCAGCUGCCAACCGGUUGUUGGAGGCAUACAAGAUGCUUUGGAAGUUCCUAGGGAACUUAAGAAAUCUUAGAGACUCACAUGCAGCUCUUGCUGUUGGAUCGUCUGAAACAAAAGCUGGUGAGCCCUCUUCUGUUACAAGAAUAAUUUCAGAGUGCGAGUCUGCAUUGACAUUCUUAAAUCGUGAUCUUGGCAUUCUGUCAGCUUCUAUUGCACGUGAGCAAGGAGUACUUGAAUCAAAAGCAUAUUAG